GCAGAGGAUCAAGAGUGAAGCCAACUGGCCGCUAUUCUACUAUCACUUUUACCAGGACCAUGCAAAGCCCAAUCUCAUCUGGAACCAUAAGACGCGGGAAGAACUGAAGAAUGCUCUGGAGAACGAGAUCCGUGCCUUCAACACUGACAAGGACCUCAGUGCAAACUGCAUUAUUUCUUGGAACCACUCGGAGUUUGAGGUGCAGUACACGUGUCUGUUGGAGGAGAUCAAGAUAGGCGAUUACUACCUACGGCUUCUGCUGGACGAGGAAGAGACUGAGGAGACGAGCAGCAUCAAACGAUCGUAUGAGUUCUUCAACGACCUCUAUCACCGGUUCCUGCUCACGCCCAAGGUGCGCAUGAAGAGUCAGUGUCUGCAGGCGAUGGCGAUCGUGUAUGGCCGCUGUCACGAGGAGAUCGGCAGCUUCAACGACACCAAGUACAUCGUCAACAUGCUAGAGAGGGUAACCGUUCAUGAUGUCAGCACGUGCCACCUGUCUCUUUCACGCAGCGUAACUCGUCCAUUAUUUGUCACCGUGCUAGCUGUCCCCACACAGGUAACCGUCAUUGUGUCACACGUAUCCACUGUCCCCACGCAGACUAACGUGAUCGAAGCAUCUCCUGACAUGUGGCGGGAUACAGAGAAGGAGUGGUACUAUAGUGAUGGUCACUCGGAGCAGCAAGGGCCUUGCAGCAUUGCCGAGGUACGUGGUUCACAUGAUCGAAUGAUUACACACUGUGACAAGGGCCUUGCAGCAUUGCCGAGGGAUUCGGAUGGUGCCAUUGUUCGGCCUCUGCCUAGAGCCAAGCGAUUGCUGUCUGAGCCUCUCUGCUUGCCUCACAUUGUACAGCUGCUGUUGACCUUUGACCUCGUGAACAACACGAACCUCAUGCAGCGCAGCAUUCUGGGGAACAUCCUGCCUGAUGCGAUGGUAUGCUACCUGGAGAACUACACGGCUGAGAAGUUUGCCGAGAUCUUUCUGGGAGAGUUCGACACUCCCGAAGCCAUCUGGAGCAUGGAGAUGAGGCGUAUGAUGAUUGAGAAGAUCGCGGCGCACCUCGUUGACUUCACGCCGCGCCUGCAGAGCAACAACCGCGCGCUCUACCAGUACUGCCCGAUCCCGGCCAUCCACUACCCGCAGCUGGAGAGCGAACUCUUCUGCAACGUCUUCUACCUGCGACACCUGUGCGACACACAGCUCUUUCCCGACUGGCCGAUCAAGGAGCCGGUGAAACUACUCAAGGACAUUCUGGAUGCUUGGAAGCUGGAGGUGGAAAAGAAGCCACCCACAAUGUCUAUCGACGAUGCGUACAAGGUGCUAGGACUGAAAACCGGUGUGGGAGGCCACGAAGAAAUGAAAGUGAGAAAGGCUUACUUUCGGCUGGCGCAGAAGUACCACCCCGACAAGAACAAGGAAGGACGAGACAUGUUUGAGCAGGUGAACAAGGCAUACGAGUUCCUAUGCAGCAAGGCGGCGCGAUCGGCAGCCGGGCCCGAUCCGCAGAACAUAGUGUUGAUACUGCAGGCACAGAGCAUCCUAUUCAGUAGAUACAAAGAUGGGGACAGGGCAUCAAAGCUGCGAAAACGUCGUAUACACCUUCAGGAGGCGAUGUGCCGGUGCACGGGCGUGCUGAGUGCGUCGAGUAAGCUACACAUGGCCGUGCUGGUGUGCACGAGCGUCGCACGAUGCUACGCCGGCGCGCAGUUUGAGUCGUGUCGAGAGAUGAUCGUCGAGCGGCGCCCAUCAUCAAAGGAGCUGUGUCGCACGCUCUACUUCAAGCACCUGACACGGCUGUGCACGGUGUCGACGGAGUGCGUGAGCGCGUUCGCCGUCGACUACUACCUGCAGACGUGAUGCGCGACAGUGUUCCAAGCCGGCGUGCUCUACCACCUGCUGCUCUUCCUCUUUCACUACGACUACACGCUCGAGGAGGGAGGCGUGUGCAAGAGCGACGACACCAACCAGCAGGCGGUGGCCAACAACCUCGCAAAGCUUAGCAUCGGCGCGCUCAGCCGUCUUGGUGGUUACCAUAGCGACGGCAGCGAGGCGCUGCUGCCGGAGAACAAGACCGUCCAGGGGGCGCUGGAGUCUAUUCUGACGCCGUUCCUCGCGAGGCAGCUCGGCGACGACAAGACCCAGGAGGUGCUGAAGAUACUGAACAGCAACACGGAGAACCCGUACCUGAUUUGGAACAACGCGACGCGGGCCGAGCUGACAGAGUACCUAGAUACGAACCAGCGAGAUAAGAUACGCACGAGUGUAUAUAGGAUUGUAUUCAUGGUGGCCGAUCCAAGUAACAGUAUUCUCUACGUACCAACGUCGUCGUUUUUCCGACAGAAUGCGAAGGGCUUCACCAUCGACCUGCUGGACUUCCUCGGCUCUCAGGCUCAGUACCUGCACUCCCUGCUGCAGCUGACGAAGAGCGGAAACCUCGCCGACUCGAACAAGCUGGACCGGCUGCGCCAUGUGGAGAUGGCGCUCGAAGCUCUGUGCAACAUCAUACAGAACAAUCCAGGUGUUGAAAUUCAGUGCAUUGGUCACUUCCGGCUCCUCUUCUCUCUGCUGCGUCUCAACGGCUGCGACCGCGUGCAGACGGUUGCACUCGAGGUCAUCGUGAGCGUGACGAAGAACCAGGAGUGCGUGGGUGACAUCGCGGCAUCGGAGAUACUGGUCUACCUCCUGUUACUGAUAGGCAGCUUGCCUCAGUGCCAGCUCACUGUGAUAGAGACCCUCUAUGCUCUCACCUCCAACACUAAAAUCAUCAAUGAAGCUGUGCAGAAAGGCGGCCUGCUCUAUCUGCUCGACCUGUUCUGCAACUCUACGAACGCGGCCGUGCGGGAGAGGGCGGCUGAGCUCUUCGCGAAGAUGAUGAUGGACAAGCUGCUGGGGCCGCGCGUGCGAAUCAUCCUCGCCAAGUUCCUGCCGGCCAUCUUCAUGGACGCGAUGCGAGAGUCGCCACAGGCAGCCGCGCACAUGUUCGAGGGUGUCCAUGAGAACCCAGAACUGAUCUGGAAUGACAAUGUCCGACGGAAGGUGAUGGGGACAGUGAAGGAGAUGACGAUGAGGCAUCACCUAGCUCAGAUGGAGAACCCAGAUAUAGCAUGGAAGUUUCAGGAGGACAUGGAGGUGCUGUACGCAGAGGUGCGAGGCGAGCUGAUGCUGGGUGACGUCUACCUGCGCAUCUUCAUCUCGAACCCGGGCUGGGUGUUGCGGCGCGUGCGUGAGUUCACGAGCGAGCUCCUAAACAAGUUCAUCGAGCUGUGCGGCAGCAAGAAGUUUGACGGGGAAAUGCUAGAAGUGGUGACUCAAGCUUGUGUAUGCUUGUUUUCUGCGCAACCAAACGUCUGUGAUCAGGUACCAGGUCUUGGCCACAUUCCACAAAUAUUUCAAGCGAUGACCAGCAGAAAUGGGGCCAUAUCAAAAGCAGCCAUUAUGGUUACGCACCAGUUGGCCAAUAAUGAAACUUGCAUACGGUCGAUGGCGGAGAUAGACUGUAUAGGGCCGCUGAAGAUCGGCAUGAAGGUGCGACGCGACAUGAUUGGUCUCGCGUGUGAGACAAUCAACAAGCUCUUCCAGAAGGACCAGGACGAGCUUGUCCAACAGGCCUUAAAGGUAGAGCUGGUGUCCUACUUACUCGGUCUGUUGGACGGGGGGCUGCCUGAGGUGGAAAACCCAGCAGGCACGAAAGCUCAAAUCGUCAAGGCUCUCAAAGCCAUGGCGUUGAGCCUCAGGUUUGGUGACCAGAUCAAUGCCAUUCUGGACAAGUCGAGCGUGUGGUCAGAGUACAAGGAGCAGAAGCAUGACCUCUUCAUCUCUAACAGCACGACAGCAGGUUACCUGACAGGUGAGAACUGA